GAUGACGUCUACCAGAAAAGCCAGUGGUAUCAGCCUCGUUUCGCGAUUGACCACGGGCUGGGAAGAAGAACCCGAUUAUGAAGAAAUGAGUGACGAAAGUCUACGAGAGUGUCUGGAAACAGCAAUUCAUACCAACAAACUUCUUGCUUUGGAGAAUAUGGUGUUUGAACGGUAUUUGCGGAGACACGACCCACAGGCAUUAGUCACAAUGGCACAAGUCCUAGAAACAGCAAAACAAGUGCAGCGAUCUGCAUCCCUGAUAGCUCCCAUGACCUCAACCCAAAAUUUCCCAGGAAGUGUUCGUGGAUCCACAUCGAUUCGAGAUAAAAUCUCAAUGUCACCGAGCACAGACAGGAGCAUGCAAACAUCUACAGGAAGUCGUCGUUACGGAUCCGCUUUGAUACCGCAAUCGAAGAACCUGAGGAUAACCUUGAACCAUCGGAUUGAAAUGACGAAUAAGGAGAUCGAGGAGAUGAAGAAGCACCUGGUGAACCUCGAGCAGCAGACGAUAAAGAAGAAGGCUAAUCUCAGGGCUCAGGUGGAGGAGAUUCAGCUGAGGAUUAAGGACAUUCAGGAGGCGAAGACCGAGCUCGAGGAGAAUGUUAUCAAGAGGGGAAUCGAUCCUGUCAGCGGAAAACUUCCAGCUGAGAAACUUAUUAAAUUCAUGGAGGACUGGAUAAAAGCUGCUGACAGAAUAGUUGAAAAACUGCGGCUAAAAACCCUGUCCCUAAAGCAGCAAAUAAAAAAGUCGAAAAUCCAACUGCAACAGAGGGAAGAGCUCGGCGAAACGCUGCACCCGAUAGACUUCGAAGUCCUCGCGAUAGAGAAUCACGACUACCUGAAGAAAAUCGAGGAGAAAAACGUGGACUUGGCUGAGCUGAAGAGAAUCACCGGUCGAUACAAUCUCCAAUUGAACACUAAGAAGAAUAAGCUGUACGAACAACGACAAGUUCUCAAAAAUAUGGAGAGAGAGAUUGAGUUGAAGGAGAAGCAGAUUGAAAAGCUGAAGGUUGAGGGUCAGAAUAUAAAGGAGGAAGUGGAGAGAACUGAUAGGGAAAUGGAGGAGAUUAAGAAGUUGAUGGAAGAACGAAAGAUGCCGAACGUUUUGGAGUUCAUAAAAAUGCAAGCAGAGCUCCAAGAGAUGAGGAAAACCUACAAACGACUGGAGAGGCGUAAAAAAAUCCAGAUGAUUGCUCUGAACACGUACAAACAGCAUCAGAAGCUACUGAAUCAAUCGGAAGUCCCUAAAAAAUUUAAUUCCGGGAUGACGAGGUGCCCCAAUGGAUUUCUAUCGACUCCAUCGGUCUGAACGACGUAAAAACUGUCCCUAGAAAUUUUCAAUUGUUCCUCUGCUUCGGUUGGACCUCACCGGGGAGUUCGUGCUCUCUAAUGUGCGACUAGGAGUGGACGCAAUUAUCUCACGAGUAAUUGCCACGCUGUCCUGGCCGUCACAGAUUGCACCACAGGGUAAUUGUCGUUACCGGUGUUGUUUUUGCUGAAGGAAGCAAAACGGAA